UGGGAGAAAAACCUGAGCCCUAAUUCGAAACUUGUACUAUAUGCUAAAAAAGUUGCACUAAAAAUGUUAAAAUGCCGGUUGAGAAAUUAAUGUCUCGAGAAACAGGAGAGCAAUGGCAAUCACGGAAUCCCAGUGUCCCAUUCCUUAUUUGGUGUUAAAUUACUUCCUGAAUCAAUUUUUAGUUUUUACUUCUUCCUCUUCCACAGGGAGCGAUUCCCAGGCAAAUCAUUAAAAAGCGAAAAUCCCAGGUUAGAGUUUGAUCAUUCCCGCUGUUUACUACUUUUCUUUGCUGCAAACCUUUCAUAUGGAACUUCAAUGGCUGUAAAGCUUGCAUCUUUAGCAUUUUUAAAGAGAAUUCCCAAAAGGGUCAAUUUAAAUGCCUCUUUUUCUUCACUUUCAUGUGCAAAUGUUGUUCAUAUCAAUUCAGAAACUGAUCAUACUCCGUCAAAAUCUGCUGAUUUUGAGUCAAAGAUCCAAUUUUUAAAGAAUAAGCUUCAUCCAGAUAUCUUGGUCCAUGUCUUGGAUUCCACAACUGAUGUAAAUUCUUCGUUGAAAUUGUUCAAAUGGGCUUCACUUCAGAAAACGUUUAAGCAUAAUGUGGAUACUUAUUAUUUGAUGAUUUUGAAGUUGGGUUUGGCUGGAAAUAUUGAGGAAAUGGAGGGAUUUUGUAAUGAGAUGUUAAAGGAGAAAUGUCCUGGUUUUGAUGAAGCUUUCUUGGGAUUGAUUGAAUGUUUUGUUAGAAAUGAUAGGCUUGACGAGGCUUUGAGGGUUCUUUCUUGUAUGAAUUCAAGAAGUUUUAAGCCUUCAGUAAGUGUUUUUAAUAUAGUAAUGGGUGCACUUUUGGUGGCAAAGAGGGAUUUCAAGGAUGUAUUAUUUGUGUAUAAAGAAAUGGUGAAAGUAGGAAUUGUUCCCAACGUGGAGACUUUGAAUUACUUGUUGGAAGCGCUGUUAGAGGAUGAUAGGGUGGGUACAGCUUUGGAACAAUAUAGAAGGAUGAAUAAGAAAGGGUGUAGUCCUAAUAGUAGGACCUUCGAGGUUCUCAUUAGUGGACUUAUUGCCAGGGAAAGGAUCGAUGAAUCUUUGCUUCUUUUAGAUGAAAUUUUUGAACUUAGGUGUGAGGUGGAUUUGAGCUUUUACACUCGGAUAGUACCGCUGCUUUGCCAGAUUAAUAAAUGUGAGGCAGGGAUGAUGUUACUUGUGAAGAUGAAAGCUUCAAAAAUUUCUCCAGAUUCUUCAACUUAUGGAGCUAUGAUAAUAUGUUUAUGCCAGAAUCUUUAUGUGGAUGAAGCUGUCAACCUUUUUGAAGAGAUGGUGGGCAGCGGAAUAACUCCAGAGGAUGAUCUCUAUGUGGAUAUUGUGAAGGGAUUUUGUACAUUAUGUAAAUUUAGUGAAGCAAAGAAGUUUUUAGUAGAUAAUGAUGUUGAUAUAACUUGUCCUUACAAUGCACUUCUUGGAGCUUAUUGCAGUUAUGGUAAUCUUGCGGCAGCAAAAGAUCUGUUUGAUGAUAUGUUUGAGAGGAGUUUAACUGAUAGCUUGUCUUGGAAUUUCUAUAUUCGGUGCCUAUGUGAGAUUGGCGAUAUCAAGAAAGCCUUGGAAGUUCUUUGUAGAAUGAUUGUUUUUUCAUUUCUUCCUGACUCUAUCACUUACUCCGCUCUUAUCAUUGGCAGAUGCAAGCAGGAUGAACUUGAUGAUGCUAUACUGUUGUUCAAUCAGGUCCAGCAGAAGUGUGAUGUUUUGGAUUCUGUAUCCUAUGCUGAACUUGUUAGAUGCCUUUCUUAUAAUGAAAAGAUUCAAGAGGCUGCUGAAGUUUAUUGUUAUAUGUCAGGAAAGCAAGUAGCUUUGCAGUCAACCUCUUUUGAUUUGUUCAUUAAGGGGCUUUGUGCAAUAAGAGAAGUCGAGAGUGCAAUCAGGUUUCUAUCUCUUGCUCAUUGUUCUGGUACAUCGUACUCGUCUGUAGCUUACUACAGCAUAAUGCGAGUUUUAUCCAAGUUAGAAAAGGCAGAUGACCUUUUAGUGGUAUUAUCACGAAUGAUUGUAGAUGGUUGUCCUGUUGAGGAAGAAACUUAUUUUAUCCUCAUAGAAAGUAUGAGUCUAGCUGAUAAUCCAGACCAUUGUGCUCGGUUUUUCAAUGUGAUGCUCAGCAAGGGUUUAUUACCCAACUCCGAAACACUAACUACUGCACUGUCUUGUUUAGACAAGCAUUCUCAAAUGCACAUGAUUUUGAGUGCUAUGGAUCAGCUUAUCCCUUGUUCUAAUAUUCUUGGUUCCAGUACCUAUAACAUGCUCAUCAGGGGCCUUUUGAAAGAAGGAUAUAGGAGUGCAGCUGGUCGCUUGCUAGAUGUAAUGUUGGGGAAGGGUUGGAUUCCUAGUACUGAAACUCAUCAAUUACUGGUUGGUUCUGUUGUAAAAGAGGAAUCAGAAGUAAGAGCAUAUAUGAGCGAAAAUUUUGGUCCGCAGGAUGAGGUUAGCAGCAUACUUGAAAAUGCAUUGGCUCAAACAUAACCUGAUUCCAUAUAUCAACACUAUCAUUGGCCGUUGUUGAAUGUCUCCAUUAAGUGCGAUUGUGAAAGCCUCUGUAAGACUUGUAGAUUUCAUCUCAGACUUCAGUGCUAUAAAAGGAGGGUAUCUUUCUCAGGGAUCUGAUUUUGACAAACUUCAUUGAAAUUCAGUGUCGUGCAUAAAUUGAGGGAUUGAUGCUGACGGAAAUGCCAUGAAGAUGGCCUUUAAAUGAUGAUCCCGUGCAUAAACUUUCUGGGAAAUUUUUUGGAAGGAAUUAUCCUGGUCGGCGGUCAUCCAGCCCUACUGAAAGUCUUGAAAUGUUUGUCAAUUUGAUUAACCCUGAAGGACUCUGGAAGCAACAUCCGUAGCUCUGAAGGGGUUGCGAGGCUGCUAACAUGAGCUUUCAGUGGCCAAAUACCAUGAACAGAAACUUAAAGAGUAAUGCCCCCUUCUGAAAGCAGAGCAAUGUAUUUAUGUUCUCCCGUGUCCAAAUUUCCGCAUGGAAUGUCCAUGCAAAUUCUGAUGCAUCCGCUUCAAUGCUCGACCCUAGCUAGAGGGUGGCAUGGUAACUAGAAUAUUGUCUACAAAUGGAAGAUAAAGGACUGGCUGCAGGUGUUUGCAUGGUUUCAGGCAUGACAAAGGCAUCAGUUUUGCGGAUUGUGUUCUAAACACGGUAAUGCUACAGGUUUUCAAGAGAAAUAGGAAUUACCUGUAUCAAAACCCUAUAAUCAAUAAACGUAUGUUCCUAGUAAGUUAUACUGUGAAUAAAAUAUCGUAGUAAUUUUUAAAGCGUGGAAGAUUGACAGUUAUA